UAAACAUUUACACUCACGGUCCCUGCAAUUCUGAAGACAGCUAUCACGCUAAUGCGGCUUGUGUCUUAUAUUUUGUUGUCUUAGUUUAUGUUUUACUCAUUAUAGUGAUGGAGGUGACGUCAGAGAUGUAUCUGUUUCUCAUCACAAGUAUCCUUGGCAGUGCUGGGUCAUUACUGCCGUUCUUAAUGCAGUUGAUAUUACGAACAAUAGGAAAAGAAAGUCAGGCAGAGCGACUAUUGCGGCAGGAGAUUCUUAAGUUGAAGCAACAACUGCAGACCAUUAGUAUGGUAGAUCAAUUUGCUUCAUAUGCUAAGGUGCAGCGCAAGAUUAAUGCACUUAGUCAGCAAUAUAAGGAUAAAGCAAUGGAAAGAAGUGUUGGAGAACAGCGCGUACGAAUGGUCCUAGGAGGAACAUUACGGACCAUAGUAGGGCUCUUGUGUGUAUGGCUUAUCUGGGAACAUAGAUCAGAUCCUGUGGUUUCACUACCAACAAAUCUUGUAUGGCCCUUUGGACCUAUCUUGGCAUUGCCUUCCUGUGAAGUUGGUCAGAUAAGUGUCAUGAUAUGGCUUGCAGUUGUCCGUACUGUCUGCAACAAAGUAAACACUGCACUUACAUCACCCAGAACUACACCACAGCGGGCCACUCCAAUCUUCAAUCCACCUCCUGUAUCUCCAACAGCUGUGCCUGUAGCUCCUCCAUUAGAUUAAAUUAUAUUUUUUCUAAUUCUUACAUGCCAGAUCUAUACUGUCAUUGUUAUAUAUAUGAUAGAAACAUUUCAGAGCUGUGUUACAAGAUUGUAUAUUGAAAAUGUUUAGAAGUCACAAGCUUUGUUACUUUUCCUAUGUGACAUAAACCCUUCAAGUUUUAUUUAUCCUUUUUGGUAGUUAGUUAUUUAGUUUGAUCUGUGAUGUACUACAUCACAUACUUUUUUAUUUUUGUAUUUCAUACUGAUGCAAUUUACCAAGCCUUAUGCUGUGUUAUAUAUUUUUUUUCGGUAGGUGUACAUGUAUUUACAUCUGGGUAUUUGUGUGUGUCUUUCAGUUCCAGAAAAAAAAUCUGGAAGAAUAGCUAUAGAUAUAUAUAACUGUUGUUUUUUUUUCAUUUAAAUGUUUCUUUUUCUUUUGCAAUUUGAGACCUCAUCAUUUUGUUAAGGUUAAUAUUGCAAUUUAUGGCAUCAUUAUUUUUUGCACCAUCCGAUACAUAUGUGUAUGUCUAAACCCAUAAUGGGCAUAGCAAGUAAGUACAUGCCAUGCCCACUAUGAGUUUAGUUUAUUAAUUGUCUAUACACAUAGAUUGCUCCACAAGUACUUAGUUCUCAAUUAGCUAAUUACCAUUACCCUUUUCUCCCUUUUAUUUAUUUAUUUUUCCCCCCCUUCCCAUAUACUGUUACUAGUAUUGUCAGUAACAUUAUAAUAAUCAUAAUGUCUCUGAUGAUAAUUACAGCAUCAAUAUUGGUAGCUUUAUUUUUAAAAAAAUCAAGGAAAGAUGAAAUCAGGUAUGAUCAUAUAGGCUACUAAUUGAUAGCUAAUCACCUGUGGAGCCUCUUGCAUGUAGAGACAUUUCACAAAACAGUGAACACUACAUUUUCCCAGCAGCAGUGCGUGAAUAAUUAUGCUCAACAUUUAUUUUGGUUUGACUUGAAGAUUUGACAUUCAGUCUGCUGGGAUGGUGAAUCAAGUAAUCAAGAUCUUUAUAUUUUCACUUAGAAGAAAGACAUUUCAGGCAGGUACAUUAUCUACUUGUUUAGUUGUCAUUUUUUCAUAGAAGUAUAGAAUUAUUAAUCUGGUUCCUGAUUAAUGAACUGUAAUGAUUGUUAUUCUCUUUUUCUUCUACCUUUAAUUUAUAAAAAAAUAUUUAUAUCAUCCCAGAAUGUUGUUUAAAUGUAAAGCAUAGUUUUGUACUACAUGUUUUCACAGUAAUAGUUUAGCACUGAUUAAUAAAUCACUUAAUGACUGGUUAAAGUGCCAUAAAGAUGUUAGGUACUUACAUUUUCUGACUUCUUCCCAUAACUUUAGACUAUAUACAUUAGAGAAUGAGCUUCGUUUUCCAUAUGUAUUUUUCAAAAUUUCAUCAUGGGUUACAGUCAAGAGUCUUGCUUUAUCUUUUGAUAAUUGAUUCAUCUAUAAUCUUCCAGUACUUUUUAUCAAGUUUAAUAGAAUGAUUCUUCAUAGUUCAUGCUUAUGAUCUUUUUUUUAUGACCAGUAUCAGUACCUGUUGUAAAUGUGUUGCUGUCAACAAAGCUUGAGAUGUAAAUAAUUUGGGGAAGAGCAGAACAAAACAAAAUAAAAUGUGGAAGAGCCAACAGAUUUCAUUCUCUCAAGGCAAUUUUCAUAAAGUACUGUUGCAAAGGUCAUGAAAGUGCAUUCAUUAUCUACAUGGCCCAAGAUAAAAAAUGAUAUCAGGAGAGAAUAUCAUUUAUACAUAGAGAUAAUCAUCUCUUGUAAUCUUAAAAUACUGAAUUGUUACCUAACAGUUUUGAUAACAGUUAAGUGGUUUUACAGUCAUUUUGACUAUUUGAUUUAUGGCAAUGUAUGCUUAUGUCAAAUAUAAUUUACUAAACCACAAUUUGUGUUUAUUUCUAAUAAUAUAUCACCCAAUGUAUAUAUACAUCAGACCCUCCUUUCUCAUAGUUAAUCCCCUAAAAUGGUGUGAAAAUGAAAUGCUAGAGUAAGAGCUUAAAUUUACAUGUUGACUGAUUAAGUAGUUUAUAUAUGCUCAACCUUAUUUCACUGUAAGACUUUUUACAAGACCUACUAACAAUCCAAACACCUUUUUUUUAUGUAAUUUGUCAAUCAAAGCUGUGAUUAUUUUAUAACUAGAAAAAGAGUACAGUAGAAAACGGUAAGUCUCGGUACCCUGUGCAAUUCAAAUUCAUACCACCUAUUCCUUCACAGAUAUGUUCUAGUAUGUAAUAUUCAUAUUCAAUUUCACAAGCCAUUGAGUAUAUACAAGUAUUUUCCAUUUACUUCUUACAGCAGAUUUUAAAAAUGGUUAAUAACUAAAAUACCAAUUUACUAUCCCUUUUGGCCUUUUCCUUUGCAUAGUCGCAUGCUGCUUUGCAAUUUGAUAUGUAAAUACCAUUGCUAAAGUAUAGAACAACUUUGUGAUUCACUUACUUGGUACUUACUUAUAUUUACUUAUUGUUUUUUUUACCUUUUAUUGACCCUGGACUCAAGGAAUAAGAGCAGAUUAAACUGAAAUUAGAAGCUCAUUUUUAAAUAGAGCAAAAUUCUUAAUUUCCACAGUCAUGAGAAGUCAUUUAUUUAAUUGUGAGUAUUGUAUGAUUUUUUUUUUACAUAAACCUAUUUGUCAACACUGCUCAAUACUCAACACUUGUCUUUCAUCAUCAACUAUGAAAUGAGGACUGAAGGAAAUGGGGCUGUGCAUUAGAAUAAAGUGUUCUUCAGGCAAACUUGGACAAUAUAAUGUAAUGCUUUAA